GCAAGAUCCUUGCAGUUAACUCCGCGUGCACCCGCCUAUUGCAAUGCAUUUCCUGAUGCGGACCUUGCUCCUGAUCGUCCUAGGUUUGCUUUUCGCCGGCCCUGCGGCCCCCGCGCGCAUCAUCGGUCUAAACCCCUCAGCCCAGCUUGGUGGCUUUUCCUGGGAUAACUGUGAUGAAGGGAAGGACCCUGCAGUGAUCGAAAGCCUGACCCUGGAACCUGACCCCAUUGUUGUUCCUGGAAAUGUGACCGUGAGCGCCCAGGGAAAGACCAGCGUCCCCCUCAUUUCUCCUCAGAAAG